AUGGCACAUAAGAAAUCACUUGAAGCACUUAACUUCACACUGAAGGAUCUUCGGCGAAAUAACAUCUUUGGCGGCUUGAUGAAAUUGUUGGCAGGCGAUUUCAGCAAGACGUUGCGAGUAAUUCCCCGUGAAACGCCUGCAGAUGAAUUGAAUGCUUGCCUGAAGGCAUCACCUUUGUGGAAUAACUGUAUUCGUCUACGAACUGUGCGCAAGUUGUCAAAUCGCAAUAGUUUGUCACCGCCAACCAGAAGAGAGCAGCGGCAGCCUUUUCUUCAUAUCCUCGAACGCAGAACAAAACAUUUAAUGGAUUUGAAAAAAAUGCAGACUUUCAUUUGGAGUAUUCUGUUUGGCCUUUUAAUAUUCGUUCCUGGUUCGACAUUAAAUGCCAUCGAGAGCACAGCAGGGACGGCAACGAAAGUGGUGGCGAGUUCACUAAUACCAACAGUGUCAGCAAGAGCAAUAAAAGCAAUUCCGAUAGUAAAAACAAAAAAUGUUACUAGCACAUUAAAGGAGAAUAUAGCAAGUCGAGAAACUGCUACGGGAGUAGCAUCGUCACCGUUGACUUCUCAUAAAGCGACGACGGUGCUGAGGACGCAUUCAAUUAGCCCAACUGAAGGUGGUGGGUUAGUGGUAGAGGUAGAAGUUACAGCUAAGUCAUCAAUAACAAGAUCAACAAAGGACGAGCCGCUAAAGGACGAAGUCGUCGCAGAAAGUGCUCGAGGAUACGUGGUUAGGACGGCAGAGGGGGCAGUAGCCGCUGCUGAUUACAAAUUUGCCGCUGAGUUUUCUACUACACAAAUUACAAGAACAACUGCAAAGGCAUUACAAGCAGAAUUCACAGAAAGCGAUGUGACAACAGCAGCCGCACCCAAAGCAUUCAGCGGAAGUUCAGUGCAAUCAACAACAAAAGUUGAUGUGACAACAAAGCGAACAAAAGCAUCAUUAAGUCGCACAGUGACAGCUGAUAAGAAGGGUGGCCGGAGGGGCGCAGGUAGGAAAGGUGAGAAAGACGGAAGCCGAGUUAACUCAAUGGUGGCCAAGUCAACAACAGCAUUCACACCAGUAGUGGCAGCAGUGACCACAGAAACAACACCAACAUCAAAAACUGACGCGGCCUUGGCUUCAACGACAAGCGAAGCGACAACAAUAGAGUCGCUGUCAGCAGCAGCCGCUGCACAACUGGUUGCAACAUUGUUUCCGAUAACAACGAUAACAGACGAAUACACGCACCGGAGUUAUCUACAAAGUGCUGCUGACAGCAUGCGAACCCAUAGUCGGCAAAGCACUAAUAGCAGCAUAUACAAUUACAAUAUUGACAACAACAAAGGCCUCCUUAAAGCACAAGAAGGCUAUAACAAUUAUGAAACUAACGACGAUUCCAACAUCGAGCACACCAGUAGCUCACAUCUACAGCGACGACAGCCACAGCAGCAACAAACCCACCCUUUGCAGCGCCCAAAGAUACGAAAAGGUGUCAGUGCCAGCAACAACAAUAGCAAAAUCUUCUCACCCAAUGGCAAUAACAAUUACUUCAGUAGUGAAGAAGGCGCUGCUAUCAGUAUGCUGUCGAUGCAGCAACAACAACCACUGCGCCAACUACGCCAGCAAUACACCCGUCAAGUUCAACAGCAACCACACCAUUCAGAAACAAUAGCACCGCUGACACCAUCACCAACGACAGCUGCCGUUGGGCCAGGCAUUGAUAACAAUUUGAUUAUCAACGAUAUUUAUUCUAAACAGAACGUGUCGAAUUCGAACAAACCCACGGCACUGAAAAAUAAGAAGAACGCACAGCAAACAAUGCUAUCAUCUGCGCCCAGCUCUAAUAGCGCGGUGCUAUCAGCAGUGACGACGAGGGCUGUUUAUGCAGCAGCAGGGGCGGAAGUUGCGGCAGUGGGGGGACGCGAGGAAGUAAACAUCACUACCACCGCGUCGCCGUUUCCCACAGUGACAACAACAACAAUUAGGUCAACCACUAGACGUCCAAAGGCAACGACCACACCGCGACCAACUCCCUCCGUCGACGACUACCAGACAGUGAUCAGUCAGGCUGGCACUCACGCCUAUCUCCCGUGCAAUGUGAAGCAGUUGGUGAAGAAACCCAUAUCCUGGCUGCGCGUUCGCGAUGGACACAUCUUGACAGUCGAUCAGACAACCUUCAUUGCUGAUCAGCGAUUCCAGUCAAUUUUUGCACCAAAUCCGGAACGCUGGUCGUUGCAAAUCAAAUAUGUUCAACUUAAGGAUGAAGGCACCUAUGAGUGCCAGGUGUCUACAGAGCCAAAAUCAAGUGCAAUUGUCACAUUACGAGUAGUGGAGCCGAGAACGGAAUUGAUUGGCGAGCCCACACGUCACGUCAAGGCGGGCAGUCAAGUGAAGCUGCGUUGCAUAAUUAGCCAGGCGCUGGAGCCGCCACUUUUUAUUAAUUGGUUCCACAAUCAGAAGCAAAUUUAUUUGCACAGCCGAAGAGGUUGGCGCACCGAAAUCGAACGCAUCGAAUUACCGUUAACGGAACCCCCAACAACGACAUCGGCCACUACUACUACAACAACAACAACAACAACAACAGACGCUACAACGACAGCUUCCACCACGACAAUGACAUCGCUAGCCACUGCAGCUCAAGUCGAAGGUGCGACAACAAUUACUGGCCCAGCAGAUGCGGUGCCGGCGGCAUCAGCCCCAGCCACUUCAGCCCCAACAACAACAACAAUACACUCGCUGGCAAAUGAGUUUGGCAGCUACAGCGAUAUUGCGCACACAGGCACCGACACGUCGGCAGUGCAGGCGACAGGAGCAGCAAAUGUGAGUGGUGAGGAUAUAGGCUUGGCAACAACAAUGCCCGCAGUCAGUGUGCCACCUUCUGAGGUGGCGGCAGACGGCGAGGCAAGUGCGCUGGGCGUUGGCAAUAGUUUUGCCUUUGGCACUGGCAACACCACUUCAUCACUGCUGGCAGCCAUGGCGGCGGCAGCGGUCACCAUGUCAACAGCAGUGCCAACCAUAGCAAAGACAAUGCUUUGGCCGCAAACAACAGCAAUAAUAACCACAGUGAGCACAACGCUGGCGGCUGUGGAGGUACGACAAAUAACGACGGCAUCAUUAAUAAUACCAUCGGUGGAAAAGCAGGACUCCGGCAAUUACACUUGCAGCCCCUCCAACAGUGCGCCCAAAACUGUUGUCCUUCACGUGCUGAAUGGCGAAUACUCUGCCUCCGCGAUAACUUCAGGUGUCAAUGGCAAUAUUAUUAUUGGCAACUACCGUAAGUGGCUCGGCGUUCUGCUACUGCUACUCCUACAACAUUUGCAACAUAAGUUCGCCAAUUCAAUUCCGGUUCUACUGCGAACUAUUGCUUCGGUGACUUUGUUGUGCAUUUGGCCACAAGCAGAACGCCGCACCAACGCCGAAUCAACUAAAACAGCAGCGACACUCAGCAUUAAGGCCCCAUCCACCAAUCUGCAACAAUUGGCAAGCACCAGAAGCGAUGGAAGGGAAAUAUGCUCGUUGUGUGGCGGACAGAAUGGCCGUAGCACUUGCCAGCAACGGCACGACCGGAGCCAUGACAACAAGCACAACAAAGGUGAGCUCCCCACAGGCACCAACACCAGCAGCAGCAGCAACGGCGGUAGCAGGAGUGCAAGGCAGGCGCGCAAUGGCAGAAAUUGUGAUCACAGCAUUUGGAGCAUUGACUGGCAAACCGGCUGUACGCUACGUUUGCUAGCAAUAAUGGAGAAGACUUGAGCGGGACUGCGCUUACGCCGUGUUUAUCUUUAGGAUGUAGGAAGCAAUUUAGUGCGAUAGCUCUAUAGUUUAACUAUUGUAAACGAAUGUGUUUGGUGUGCCAAUGAAGGUGCAGUGAGCGCACAAAUUCGCGAAAUGUAAGAUGCUCUCUCCUGUUAGCGGCGAAAAUGGUUAGUAUGUACUCCUAAGGAAAAAAAUCAUGCAGCAUCGAUAUCUGAUAUCAAUUAAGAGAUAAUUUAGUGUAAUUUAGUUAAGAAAGAAUAUUAAAAAUACAGUUUAAAAAAUAAUUUUAUAAAAUGUAAUGUAUUAAGGACAUUUUUCCGAGGAGAAUUUUCGGACCUGAUUUCACUGAUUUUUUCUAUUGCGAAAUAUUAAUUGUGGCUUUGAGUAUGGCUAUUAUAAUAGGAAGUACGUCGAAUCUAUAAUAAAAAUAAAUCAAAUGCAAAACAGGCGAUUUUGAACUCACAAAAUACAACAAAUGCGCUAAACGCUGAAAAAAACCAUGAACGAAAUACGUAAAUCUGCAGACCACAAAAUCAGAAGCGAGUACGGGAAAUAGGAAAAUAACCAUAUUUGGUAGAAGUAUUUAAGUGAAUGUGAAAAAAGCGAAUGGUAAACAAGAUAAACGGCUAAUAAAAAUUAACUAACAACAUAGCUGCUUGUAAGCCAUUUAUGUACCUUAAAUGGGCCACUUGAGACGCUCGCACGCACACACAAGCAAAGCAAUACACACAAGAGCUCUAGGCAGGCUGUGCAUUUCAGCUCUUUGCUAACAAAUUACUCAAUUGUGCACAGCAGUAACUCAUUGCUACGUAGCACGCAGUGCAGGUGAUUAUGCCUGUCGAAAGGACACACGUUGCCCGAAUGCCGGCGUACUAAUUGCAGUUUUACGUAACAAAGGCAAAGCUACUUACACACACACACAUACACACUUAUGUAUGUAUAUAGAUAAAGGCAUCUGCUGCAUAUAGUU